CAGUGAUGUCGGAGUAGUAGCAGUAGCACUAGGGUUGGUUGAUUGCACGCACGCAUUUUUCUUGCGUGACUAGAACGGUUCUGUUUCUGGAUUCAUUCACCUACAAAUUCUGGUCGUAGUUGUCCACAUCGCGGGGAGCUUUUCGAGCCGUUUUGGUGGUUUACUGUUCCAGGGUUUUAGUAGAAUUUUACUCGUCUAUUCAGCGUGACCUUGUAGCGGAGGAGUUUACGUCGCGAUGGGGAUGGCGUGUGGGAAUCGGCUUGCAUCCUCUCUGUUGCAAGAGAGUCUCAUGACGGUGGCCUCGUCCGAAGCUAGAAGAAAGGAUGCCAGGCGCGUCUCGUUGUCGUCGUCGCCGUCUCAGCUUCGUCAAAGUGCUUCUGGUGGCUUGAGACGGUGCCGAGUGCCUGCAUUUGCCCUGAUAGAGGACGAUUCUAGGUCAUCAGUUUCGCAGAAUGCAACCUGCCAUGUACGCGGGUCGAAAGUGCAGCCCUUGAAUGCAGUAGCAGAUGCCCUCAACCAAACCAGUGAUUUGGAUACGUUGCAAGGGAUUGAUUGGGACAACUUUGGAUUUGGUCUGCGUCCUACUGAUUUCAUGUACGUAAAGAAGGGCGACAUUGCGGGAAAUUGGCAAGAGGGGGAGCUAGUACCAUAUGGGAAUUUGGAAAUCAGUCCAUCUGCUGGAGUGUUAAAUUAUGGACAGGGUGUGUUUGAAGGCCUGAAGGCGUACAGGACAGCUGAUGAUAGCAUAUUAAUGUUCCGUCCAGAGGAGAAUGCUUUGCGCAUGGUUCAUGGGGCUGAGCGUAUGAGUAUGCCUGCUCCUGAUGUUGACACAUUCAUCAAUGCUGUAAAGCAAACUGUUCUGGCGAAUAAACGUUGGGUGCCCCCGACUGGAAAAGGAUCACUUUACAUCCGUCCCUUGCUUAUUGGCACUGGUCCUAUUUUGGGCUUAGCACCAGCUCCAGAGUAUACCUUUCUCGUAUAUGUGUCUCCUGUCGGAACCUACUUCAAGGGAGGGCUAUCUCCUAUUGACCUGAAAGUGGAAACUUAUUUCCAUCGUGCUGCUCCUGGUGGGACUGGGGGAGUUAAAACCAUCUCCAAUUAUGCUCCAGUGCUCAAGACUCAAUAUACAGCUAAAGGGAAAGGCUAUUCAGAUGUCGUAUAUUUAGACGCAAAAGAGAACAAGUAUGUGGAGGAGGUUUCGUCUUGCAACAUAUUCGUGGUUAAGGACAAAGUGAUCUCAACCCCGGAAUUGGCUGGAACAAUCCUGCCGGGAAUUACAAGGAAUAGCAUUAUUCAAUUAGCUCGGAGUCGUGGUUAUGAGGUGAAUGAGCGACCAGUAUCCGUGGAUGAGCUGCUAGCUGCUGAUGAGGUGUUUUGCACUGGAACGGCUGUGGUUGUAAAUCCUGUGGGCAGCGUCACUCACGGCACGAAGCGGGUGCUGUAUAAUCACGGAGUUGUUGGAGGAGUAUCGCAAGAGCUUUAUGAAGCCCUAACAUCCAUACAAAUGGGUGUAUCCAAAGAUGAGUUUGAUUGGGUAGUAGAAUUGGCGUAAAACUCAUAAAUCCACAUAUACCUGCUUUGGUUGCAUGUGCCGUAUUAAAUUUCUUUUGUCUUCAUUUUGAGGAAAAUAUAAUACAAACGCUGAUCGUACUUCAGCUCAUGGACAGUUACAUUGGCUCUAUAUUUCUGGAGUUUUAUUUAUUUAUUUAUUUAUUUUUAUAUUUCAAUCUAAUCAAUUAUGAUUUCCA